GCGUUGGCUCUGAGUCAGUUCCUGGAGAAUAACCGGCAGCAGGUGAAUCUCCUGGAUAAAGUGGUGCUGGAGAUCGGGGCAGGGACAGGUUUACUGUCUAUUGUGGCUAGUCUACUGGGUGAGUCUGUCCAUCUGUCUCUUUGUCAGUCUGGCUAACUGUAUAAUAGCCAAUGGCUAGUCUCCUAGGUGAGUCUGUCAGUUGGUGAUGUGAUUUGACACACUGAUUAGUUUCCCAACUGACUGUUCCUCUUGUGUCCUGUUUUCCAGAUGCCUGGGUAACAGCCACCGACCUGCCCGAAAUCCUUCCCAAUCUGACCUUUAACCUCUCUCGGAACUCCAAGGGCCGCUACCGCUACACGCCCCCAGGUGAGGGCAGUCACGACCUCGAGAAAGACUUCCCCUGCACUUCCUGUAGCUAUGACUACGUGCUGGCAGCCGAUGUGGUGUAUCACCACGAGUACCUGGAGGAGCUGCUGGCGACCAUGCGCCACUUCUGCAAACCAGGAAGUGGCACCACACUGAUGUGGGCCAAUAAGGUGAGGUUCCAGUCAGACCUGAAGUUCACAGAGCGCUUUAAGUGUUGUUUUAAUACAACACUGAUGACAUAGCUAAAGGAGGGGGACGUGAUGAUCUACAAGGCCACGGCACGAGAGGGGGAGAGGGAGAGGGGAGAGGGAGGAGAGGGGAGAAGAGGGAAAGGGGGAGAGGGGAUAGAAUGGAGAGACCAGGGAGUAAAGGAGCUAGACUCAGAGGGGAAGUGUUGA